AUGGAAGGGGAUUGUGAUGAUUACGAUGAACAAUCUACUAUGGCCGAUGUUGUUAGUGUGCUAUUGUGGCGCCACCGCGUAGGGAUGGCUGCUUAUAACAGCGGGACUUGCCAAGUGAGUUGCUCUGAUGUUGCGGUGACGUUGGAAGGGUUGAACGAGGUACCUAUAAGAAGUUUAAUGGAUGUUCCUGGAGAUAUUCUGUGGGUCGCGCAGUUCCUUUCAGUAAAGAGACCGCGGGCUGUCCUAAUACCAUCUGCCGACUCGCAGGUGCUGCUUGAUAUCGCCUAUUUGUGCGGUGUAGAUGUGGUCCUUACGGCACCUUGCGAGUUUGAUGAGGGGCGCAUAUGGGACAUUCUCGGCCUGUUGUGGGCGGAUGUGACAAGGUUGGAGUGGCACUCACGUAUUUGCCCAGAGAAACAUGUCAUGCUUAUGGCUUUAUCGGCGUUGUUGCCGUACCUACAGCGUUGUGACUGCCCCAUAGGUGACAUUGUCGAGUCGUCACCCCUCGGGCUGCUGUACGUUGAUCAGGACACGCUGUUGGGCCUGCAGCUCCUUCGGACGGAGCCGCACCCGAUGGAUUAUCAAGGCAUCGGACGGUCAAAGGAGGGGCUUUCGCUGUUGAGUGUGGUGGAUCGUACCUGUAGCAUCCUGGGGCGUGCGCUCCUUCGACAGUGGUUUGCUCUUCCCCUGUGUGACGAGGCGGAGCUGCACCGGCGAUAUGAUGUUGUUUCCUUUUUUGUGCGCCAGGAGAACCAUGAGCUCAUGUUGCAACUGCGUCGCUCUCUGCGGCACCUACGCUACCCUGGUAGCAUUUUCACAAAGAUGAGAGCGGCAAAGCACACAACGAGUGAUUAUGGGUCUCUUCUGCGUUGUGUUAAAGGCUUCUUGAAAAUUACAUCGCUUCUUUCACCACAGGCGCACAUAUUGCCGACGUUUCUUCGUAUAGUGGCGAGCUGCCAGACUGCCCUGUUGGGGGAAAUGAGCAAACGUCUUGAAGACGGCAUUGCCUUGGUGCGGGAUCCCGACGAGACACUCAAUCGGACGUACGUACAAAUCCGUCCCGGGUAUGACGCAACUCUGGACGAACUGCGAUCACAUGCUGCUCGCCUUGACGAGGUGCUCACAGGCGUUGCACAGGAAGAGAGCCGGUGCUUACCACCGCUAUGGGGACCAUGCGCUGUGGUGUGCGUGUUCGUUCCACAGUGGGGCUAUGUCAUCACUAUCCCUCAGUGGCCACCGUCAAUUGCGAUGGAUGGGUUGCCGACUGAUUGGGAACUGCUACUCCAUACCGAGGAUGGCCCUUUCUUUAAGACACCCUUGACGCGUAGGAUGGACGAGGAAUUGGGGGAUUUGCGAUCGGCCGUGUUGGAGCGGGAAGGCGAAGUUCAGCGGAAAUUGGAUCGACGCUUAUUGGAGCUUUCGUCGGCGCUUAUUCCCCUGCAUUAUUGUGCGGAGCUUGAUUGUCUUAUAGGGUUUGCCCUGUGUGCGUUGGAGGGACAAUGGAGUCGCCCACAGAUUGUGGAGGAGGUCGGUGUACUUGAGAUUGACAGAGGCGUCCACCCUAUUUUCACACGGACAACAUCACAACAAGUAGUGCCAUAUUCUUUGGUGGUACGUAACAGCUCUGAUCGAGUCUGCGUAGUGACUGGAGCGAACGGAAGUGGAAAGUCUUUCUUCAUCACAGCUGUCGUGCAUACGGUAUUUUUGGCUCACAUCGGCUCUUACGUUCCCUGCGCCCAUGCCACCAUUGGGCUCAUGGACACCUUGAUGGCGCUUCAAGCUGCUUCUGCCGCCGGCCACAACAGAGAUAUGGCUUCCACGGCAAAAGAGCUACAUUCGAGUUUUGGGGGCGAGCUGGUGUCGAUGAGUCGGAUGCUGCAGCGCUGCAGCGUCCGUGGCAGAGUGGGUGGUGCUGGUGCUGGCCGCUCGCUUCUGGUGGUGGAUGAGUUUGGGAAGGGGACGCUUUCGAUGGAUGGUGCCGCACUGUUGACGGCUGCUAUACGCACGAUUAUUAUGCUUGGUGACCAACGUCCCAUAGUACUCCUGGCAACACAUUACGCGGAGGCUGUGCAUCCUCAGCUUGUUCCAAGAGAUGAGAUCCAGAUGCUUGAAAUGUUGACAACACUCACGGAGGCCAGGCGUGUUGGACGCGACAUGGUGAAUAGGAGGGUUGGGUAUGAUGAAUUCAUGGUCGUUGACCAGCAACUUGUGCACUCCUAUCGUGUGACACCUGCGCAGCGUAUCAACAAUGCCAACGGAUCGUCGCAAAAAGAAGUGGCCUCGUAUGCGUUGCAAUUUGCACUACAGUUUUCUGUACCUGUGCUCCUCUUACAGCGGGCGUGGGACAUUAUUCUCACAGAGGAGCUAUGA